GCCAUGGUCUGUCAUCCAUCGUACUAAGCCAGCAGUCAAAGUGUCAAACACACACUCUCCUCAGAAGCGAUCGAGGUUGCUUCGUCCGCUCCGCAUCUGGCCCUAGCCUCCCCUCCCAGUCCUUCUCCAAUCCCGAGCUCCACCAUAGAACCUAAUUCUCCUCAGGGCCGAUCUCUGCCAAACAGAUGGAGGCCGGCCGUAGUAGUAGGAGUACGGCUACCCGGAAGAGGAAGUCAGCCGCACUCGAGGUCGAGCGCUAUCCGGCUCCGGCACCACCGGCGGCACCGCCCGAUCCCGGAGCGGCUGAACACGAUGGAUGCGGAGACGGACGAGAUCUCCACCACAUCAGAAACCUCAGCGACCUCCCCGACGACCUCCGUCCCCUUUGGCGCUCUCUUCCUCUCAACAUCGAUUGUGAUGAUGUGGUCCAUUCUAAUAAUGGUAAACUCGGUGAUGUCUUACAACGCAUAAUUUCCUCCCACCAAGGCGUCUGCCACCGCUUCUGCAUUCGCCCAGAAUUGUCCACGGACAUAGACAACGAUGCUGCCGUGGACGCCUGUCUCCUGUCCUCCACUCUGGAUAAACUCAAGGAGCUUGAGUUCUACCGUCGGCGGUGGCACAACUGGCAGCCGGUGCCGGUGCCGGCAUUAAUCUUCCGCUUCUCGCCCACCCUCUGUGUUGCCAAAUUCGGACAUUUCACACUCGCGGAAGACGCACUUCAGGGGAUUUACUUCCCCCAGCUUAAAAAGCUCGUUCUUCAUUAUGUCUACCUCUCGGAAUUCUCACUCAACAGCAUGAUUGCCCGCAGCCCUUCUCUCGAGUUCUUGCUAAUUAUUCGGUGCACUGGAGCCCGUCGCCCUCGGAUCAAUUCGUUUACCCUUAGAACCAUCGCAGUCGAUAAUCAUUCGCCAGAUCCAUCCAUAAAGGAACUCGUUAUCGAGAGUGCCCCUCAUCUUCAAACAUUAAUCCAUCUUGAUCACAACCAUGAUUUGCAUAUAGCCGCGCUUUCCGUGCCAAAGUUGGAGACCCUAGGUUGUACCAACUCCACGAGGCUCGUGUUUGGUUCCACAGAUAUUCGUCAUCAUCAGGCUUUGAUGAAGGGACCGUGCAUUCGUGGCCUUGCAACAGCGGCGUGCAAAAUCAAGUGUUUGGUUCUUGGUAUGGCUACUCUUAAUUUGCACAUGGUUAUCGAAUUGAUGACAAACUUUCCGUGCUUGGAGAAGUUGUACAUUCAGUGCCAGAAAUCAUGGAAAAACAAUUUGUGGCGUCGUAAAUACCGGGGUCUCAUUACCAGCACAUGUUUUGACAUGCAUCUGAAAACAAUAGUAUUGGAUUAUUAUCGGGGCAAAAAAUCUGACAUUGAUUUUGUUACUUUUUUCGUGCUCAACGCUAGAGUGCUAGAAAGGAUGAAACUUUUAAUAAAGAGGAACGAUGAUAAGUUCGUGGCAAUACACCGUCAUAGGCUUCAACUAAUGAACAGGGCUUCACAUGGUGCUCAUAUUAACUUUCGACUCAAGGAUUCGGAUGUGUGUAUCAGUAACAUGUACAAUUUUUGUAUACAGGAAAAUAUUUUAAAUUUGUAGCUGUUUACAUGCAAUUGUAAAACACUUGUUCUACUAGAAAUACAGCCAGCGACAUUAAAGUUACUAA